CAGACAUGUAUAACACCACGAGCAUAAUAGCUGAUGAAAUUCAAAGUACGCUUGGACCAAUGAUUGACGCUAACCAUACACGCAUAUAUAACAACACCACAAGCAUAACAGCUGACGAAAUUCAAGAACUAUGGGUACACUUCAUAAUUGCCAUUUUCCUCAUCUCUUUUAUCACUGUGGGGAACAGCCUAAUCCUCUGGACAGUUUACAAAAUAGAGUCAAUUCGUUCAGUUACAAGUCUUUUCAUCGUGAAUCUUUCACUGGUUGACUUUUUAACUGGUGCCAUUGUGUUGCCAAUAACAAUGACUAUUAACUACAUUAUACCUCUUUUUACAGGCAAUUAUGUACAAAACAAGUACUACUGCAUAGUGAAAGCAUUUUUGUUGACAUUAUUUUUGUUAUUGUCAGUGUUUGGGUUGAUAGGUAUUGCCAUAGAGCGUUACAUAGCUAUAGUAUUUCCACUGCGUUACGUUAGCCUGAUGACCGUAAAAAAUGCAAAGAUCAUAAUUGUAAGCAUAUGGGUGUAUGUACUGUCAAUGAUGCUUGUAAUAUUCAUAAAUGAUUUAAAUGUGUAUGAAACUGGGCAACAAUGUAUAAAUGACAAUGUCAUCGAGCAAUCUUACUACUUGUUUAUCAAACUGAACAUUUUUGUCCCAAUUCUUAUAAUUUUUGUUGUUUAUACGAAGAUCGCUUGGGUUGCAUACAAGCAUCGAGCCCAGAUAAUAAGUGAAUUAGCCAGCAUUGAUAAUGCUAGAGCUGUUGCAUACAAAAAUGAGCACUCGAUUAUGAAAGCCACUAUCAUUGUCAAUGUUGUUUUUAUGAUUAUGUAUGGACAAUUUCUGU